UUAAUAUUGCAAUUAAGUUUAAUUUCGAAAACUCAAAGUGGUGCACAUAAUUUUUGUCUGAAGCCUGAUCGAAUCGUUAUCAAUCCUACCCAAAGGCUAAAAUUAUUAGAAAAAAAAUUAUAAACCCAACGUGUUGCAAAUAUUAUCCAAUCAAAUUAAAAUUUCCAAUUUCUCCCUGAAAAAAGAACUUGACGAAAGUUAUCCCCACCUCAUUCCAAUAUUUUUGCUGGUUUACAUCAAUAUUCAUCGCCAUCUCUGCCUCAAAAUUCCCAGCAAGGUUUUUUUUUUUUUUUAAUUAUUAUCGAAUGGAAGACAAGGAGGAGUUUCUCAAGGAAUUCGGUGACUACUACGGUUACCCCAACGGCCCAAAAACCAUUGACGAAAUUCGCGCCACCGAGUUCAAGCGAUUAGAGGAUACGGUGUAUUUGGACCAUGCCGGAGCAACCCUUUACUCCGAGUUGCAGAUGGAAUCUAUCUUCAAAGAUCUCACGACUAGUGUUUAUGGAAAUCCCCAUAGCCAAAGUGAUUCUAGUUCAGCCACUAGUAACAUUGUAAGGGAAGCACGCCAACAGGUCCUUGAUUACUGUAAUGCUUCUCCAAAGGAUUAUAAAUGCAUAUUCACUUCUGGGGCAACAGCUGCACUGAAGCUUAUAGGGGAGAACUUUCCAUGGAGCUGUCAGAGCACCUUUAUGUACACAAUGGAAAAUCAUAAUAGUGUACUUGGUAUUAGAGAAUAUGCUCUCAAUCAAGGAGCUGCAGCUUUUGCAGUAGAUAUAAAAGAGGCUGUGGAUCAGGAUGGAGCAUCUAUAAACUCUGUGACUUCAGUUAAGUUAUCACAGUAUCCGGUACAGAGAAGAAAUGAAGCUGAAGUUUUGGAAGGGGAGCUUACAGGUGAUGCUUAUAAUUUAUUUGCCUUCCCCUCUGAGUGCAAUUUCUCUGGAUUGAGAUUUAGCCUUGAUUUGGUGAAUAAUGUUAAGCAAAAUACAGAAAAAAUUUUGGAAGGCUCUCCAUAUUCAAAGGGACGAUGGAUGGUCAUAAUUGAUGCUGCAAAGGGCUUUGCAACAAAGCCUCCAAAUUUGUCACUUUAUCCUGCUGAUUUUGUUGUAAUCUCAUUUUAUAAGUUGUUUGGCUAUCCAACUGGACUUGGUGCUCUCAUAAUCAAGAAUGAUGCUGCUAAGUUAUUGAAGAAGACCUAUUUUAGUGGAGGCACUGUUUCUGCUUCAAUUGCUGACAUUGACUUUGUCAGAAGACGAGAAAGUGUUGAGGAGAAUUUUGAAGAUGGCAGUAUUUCAUUCCUUAGCAUAGCAUCUAUCUGUCAUGGAUUUAAAAUAUUCAAUAACCUCACUCCAGCUGCAAUGCAUCGGCAUACCAUGUCAAUUGUCAUGUUUUUGAAGAAGAAGCUCUUAGCUUUGCGACAUGAAAAUGGAGCAAGUGUCUGCACACUUUAUGGCAAUCAUACUCUCAAGGUUUCUAGUAGUGACUCUGGCUCUAUCGUAUCAUUUAACGUGAAAAGACCUGAUGGCUCUUGGUUUGGAUAUCGGGAGGUGGAAAAAUUGGCAUCCUUAUCUGGAAUUCAACUACGGACAGGAUGCUUUUGCAAUCCUGGUGCUUGUGCUAAAUAUCUUGGCUUGUCCCACUCGGAUCUUCUUUCUAACCUAGAGGCUGGGCAUGUUUGCUGGGAUGACAAAGAUGUAAUAAAUGGAAAGCCAACUGGAGCUGUUAGAGUAUCUUUUGGUUACAUGUCAACUUAUGAAGAUGCCAAGAAAUUUAUUGAUUUUAUAAGAAGUUCCUUUGUAUCAAUGCCAAGUGAGUUUGAGAAAGGAUAUCUGCUCCGAGCAAACUCAGUUCCAUAUCCGACAGAAGGCUUUGAAAACCGACUAUCAAGUUCUGGUUGCUACCUUAAGUCCAUCACCAUCUAUCCAAUAAAAUCAUGCGCAGGUUUCAGUGUGAAAAGUUGGCCUCUGAGCACUACAGGUCUGCAAUAUGAUCGAGAAUGGCUUCUUAAAAGCUUGACUGGUGAGAUUCUUACACAAAAGAAGGUUCCUGAAAUGUCCCUCAUUAAUACCUUUAUUAACCUCAAUCAGAAGAUGUUGUCUGUAGAGUCACCCCGUUGUGAAGGGAAAUUGCAGAUCAAACUAGACUCUGAUUCAUAUCUUUGUGGGAAAGAAGAAUUUUAUUUGCAUAGCCAAAGGAAAGAAUACAAGACCAUUAAGUAUGGACUCAUUUUCAUCUAUGAGCAACAAUAUGGUAACAUGCAUAAAUGUGAGACACUUUUUAAGAAAAGAUAUGAAGUCCAAUGUUAUGAAAAUGAAAUCAAUCAAUGGUUUAGUAAUGCUGUUGGUCAACCUUGCACUUUAGUGCGAUGUUGCCAUUCCCAGUAUUACUUAUCUUUGAACAAGAACAGAAGUAUGGGCAUGUGCAGAGAUGUGGACAGCAGGAUGAAUUUUGCAAAUGAAGCUCAGUUCUUAUUGAUUUCUGAGGAGAGUGUAUCUGACCUCAACGACAGACUAUGCUCAAAUACCCAAAAACUCUCUGGUGGUGCCCCACUGUAUGUCAAGCCAAUGAGAUUUCGGCCCAAUCUUGUCAUAUCUGGAGGUGAACCAUAUGCUGAAGAUGGAUGGAGAAAUCUUAAAAUUGGGAACACAUAUUUUACUUCAUUAGGCGGUUGCAACCGCUGCCAGAUGAUCAAUUUUUAUCAUCAAACAGGGCAAGUGAAGAAGACAAAUGAACCUUUGGCAACUCUAGCAUCAUACAGGAGAGUGAAGGGGAAGAUUUUAUUUGGAAUUUUGCUGAGAUAUGAUCCUGUUAAUGGGCCUGGGUUGGACGCUCAUUCAUGGCUUAAAGUGGGAGAGGAAGUUUACCCAAAUUCAGAAUAGAAAGGGAUAGACAGAAAAAAGACCUAUUUGUUAUGGAAGGAUACGUGUAUAUGAAAUAUUACAUACCCCUGAACAGCAGGAUACAUACCACAUCGCUCACAACAUUAAACAAGGGUCACCCAGUUUGAAAAUUAUUGUGUUAUUUGCAAAUGCUCUAACUCAGAUGUGUAGCAAGCCACGGAUUUGAUGAACAGUUUGCCGCAAUCCUGAUUUUGAUGCUGAAAGACCGUUUACUGUAAGUUUAUCAUUUGUUGCUUUCUUAUUUGGUAGAGUAUUAUGAAGCACAUGAAGUUUGCUAGAAAUAUUGUGUAAUUAGACAGGUUAAUAUCCAUGAGAAACAUGUAUUUUGAAAUCCUAACAACUAUUCCAAGCAAGAUUAGGAAGUGUGAUUUGCGGUUUACCUUUAUUCAAAAAGAAAUUAUUUGUCAAAAAAUUAUAAUUAUAAAAUUUGGUCAAAUUCCAACUAAAUAUUGGACUGAUGCUUGUUUUAUUAGAAAUCUAAGUGCUUUUCUGAUAGAAUUUUAUGCUUCGUAUCAUUUGGAAAAGCCGUGUGAAUCCCUUCCCACUGCACCAAAAGACUCCUUUACCCCUGCACCAAAGCCUCAUUUUCUCAUUGGAUCCUCAAGGGUCUAGUGUAGUCUUGAUGCUCGGUGUAUUUUCAUUGCCUAUCCACAUAAAGCCUUCGAAUUACUGACACAGGUGAUCAUUAUCGUUAAUAUCAACUUUCACCGAACGUUUAUGUUUUUCAGAUGAAAUAGCGGGCUUUUCUAAUGAAAAAUUACGUUAGAACUAAAGUAUUUUCUUGAGGGUAUAUAAUACAUGUCAGG